UAUCCGGUUUGAAAAGUCUGGGAAAGUACAUCAAGAUGAGUAAAAGAAAAAGUACAUCCACCUUGUCACUACUUGAGAACAUAAAAGCAACCCAACAAAUUCUUCGGAAGCAGCUAUGUGGACAGAGCCUUCCACACAAUAUGUAUGGAUUUGAAAAGGAACGCAGCCAUCUUUUUGAACUGGUGAAGAGAACCGCUACACUGGGAGAGAGCAACUCUGUACUCCUUGUUGGACCUAGGGGCAGUGGAAAGACAAUGCUUUUGAAAAGUGUUCUCCAGGAGUUAAAGUCCCAGACAGAACUCAGCGAAAUUUUGCUAGAGGUACAUCUAAAUGGUUUGCUUCAGACAGAUGAUAGGAUUGCCCUGAAGGAAAUCACUCGCCAAUUACAACUGGAAAAUACUGUUGGAGACAAAGUUUUUGGAUCUUUUGCUGAGAAUCUACAGUUUCUUUUGGAUGCACUUAAAAGAGGUGGACAGGAGACCAAGUCAAUAGUGUUCAUUCUGGAUGAGUUUGAUCUGUUUGCCCAUCAUAAGAAUCAGACCUUGCUCUACAACUUGUUUGAUGUGUCUCAGUCCAGACAGGCUCCUAUAUGCGUUAUAGGGUUAACAUGCAGAUUGGAUGUUAUUGAGCUGUUGGAAAAACGAGUUAAGUCCAGAUUUUCUCACAGGCAGAUUCACCUCCUUAGCGACAUAAAGUUUGAGGGUUAUUUGGGACAGUUUGUCUCCUGCCUUUCUCUACCAGACACAUUCCAGGACAAAACAUACAGAAAACAAUGGAACACAAGCAUACAAGCUCUUGCCAAGGAAGACUCUGUCCGGGAUAUACUCAGGAAACUAUACCAGAAAAGUAAAGAUCUCCGGACUUUACAUUCUCUUUUGGUCUUACCACUUUGCAGAAUAUGUGAAAAUCAUCCACAACUGGAAGCCGUUGACCUCGUUGACUCAAGUAGAUAUCUUACUCAGGAUUCUAAGGCUGCAAUGUUACAUGGAAUAUCUGUUCUUGAACUAUGCUUGGUGAUAUCUAUGAAACACCUCACUGAAUUAUAUGAGGGAGAACCAUUCAAUUUUGAGAUGGUGUACAAUGAAUAUAGAAAAUAUGCUCAAAGAAGGUCAUCGAUGCAGAUCUUUGAAAAACCUGUAAUCAUGAAGGCAUUUGAGCAUCUUAUAGCUCUAGAACUUGUACGACCCAUGGAUGGUAGCUCUUCGCGAACACAAAAGGAAUAUAGACUAUUAUGCAGCCUCAUAGAUUCUACCCAAGUAGAAGAUAGCCUACAGACUUAUCCUGGUUGCCCUACAGAUAUAAGACAAUGGGCAGCAAGUGGAGUUGUUGGAUAGUGAUAUAAUUAUUAUAAUUAUAUAUUUAUUGUUCGCUCACAUUGUGUGAGCUAUUGUAAUCAUCCACUUGUCUGUCUGUCCGUCCGUCUCUCUGUCAACA